GCGCACAACGUGCCAGUUGCGCAGCUGUUUGGUUGCAAAAUCACCGGUAAGAAACGAACAUGUGCGAAAGAUACACAGUUAUAAAAUAUACGUAAUCGAGUUAAGUGCACCACAAUAUGGCCAUGCAAUGUCACUACGAGGUGCUUGGGGUGUCGUUGGACGCGGACGACGAUCGACUGAAGAAGGCUUACCGAAAACUAGCUUUAAAAUGGCAUCCCGAUAAAAAUCGUGAAAAUGAAGAUGAAGCCACUGAGAAGUUCCGUCUUAUACAGAAAGCUUAUGAAGUGUUGAAUGAUCCACAAGAAAGGGCAUGGUAUGACAAACAUAGAGAUGUUCUUCUCAAAGGAGAUAACUAUCAAGAUCAAUUUUUAAAUAUAAUGCAGUACUUCAGACCAGCCAUGUACUCCGGUUAUGAAGACAACAAAAAGGGAUUUUAUAACGUCUACAGACAAGUUUUCCAGACGAUAGCACAAGAAGACGCAGGAUUUAAAGAUCCUGGACAGGAUUUGUCAUUUUAUGAGUGCCCUGAGUUUGGGAAUGCACAUAGUGAUUACAAUGAGAUUAUAAAGCCAUUCUACAACUACUGGUUGAAUUAUGUCACUCCUAAAUCCUAUGUAUGGCUUGAAAAAUACGACACAAGAGAAGCUGAAAACAGACGAGUUGCAAAACUCAUGGAGAAAGAAAAUAAAAAGCUGCGAGAUGCAGCAAAAAAGAACUACAACGAGCAAGUCAGGGAUUUGGCAGCUUAUGUGAGAAAAAGAGAUAAACGAGUUCAACAGUAUCAGAUGCUGCAGAAGAUGAAAGUAGAAGAACGACAAAAACAAUUUGAAGCCAGAAGAGAAAAAGAUAAAGUAGAAAAAAUGAAAGAGCUUGAAAACUUUGUGGAGCAAGAGUGGACAUCAUUUACCGAGUUGGAGAAAGAUCUUGCCAUGUUGGAAACGCAUCUAGAUGGUGAAUUUGGUGAUGAGGAGGCGAGAGCUGAAUCUGAUAAUUCAAAUAGUGAGGAAGAAUAUUAUGAAAACUUGCAUUGUAUUGCAUGUAACAGGGUGUUUACAAGCGAUAAAGCUUUUGAAAACCAUGAGCGCUCCAAAAAGCACAAGAAAAAUGUAGCAUUAUUGAAAGAGGAGAUGGCACGUGAUGAAAUGGAGCAUCCAAUGGAAGAGGAGAAAGAGGAUGUUGUGGAGGAAGAUGACAUUGAGGGUGAAGAUAAUGCAGAUGAUUAUUUACUAGGAUUACAAGAUGACAGACCAAAGUCUAAACUUUCUAAGAAACAGAAAAAAAGACAACGGCAGCAGCAACAACUGGGUGAUAUGUAUGAUGAAAUUACUGAGGAGAAUGUAGAAGCAGAUGAUGUUGGAGAGGUCACUGACCUUAUUGAUAGUGCCUUGAACAUUGAUGACAUGCCAAGUGACCCAGUCAAUCUUGAAAUCAAUGAUGCAGAGCCUUGUUCUGAAUCAACAACAGCGCCCUCACAAGACAAAAUAAGAUCCACAAAACAAAAAAAGAAAAACAAGAAAGGUGGCUCAACUCAACAAAAUCAAACAUCAUCGGGAGGAUCUGUUGGUCAGUCUAUCAGAAUAUGCAAUGUUUGUUCUGCCGAGUUUGGAACUCGUAAUAAACUAUUUGAUCACAUCAAGCAAACCGGCCAUGCACUGCGUGUAGACGGCAGUCAAUCAAAUAAUUUAAAACAAGACACAGUGAAAAAGAAAAAGAAAGGCAGCAAGAGAUGACAACCUGGGGAGAUGUUUUUUAUAUUUAUUGAAUUUAUUUUAUAGUAUGCAACAGUUGUCUGGAUUCGUUGUCAUUAUCUAUACACUGUGAACUAAAAGUGAAUGGACAUGUACAUGUAUGUAUAGUGUCAUAGCGUUGGGAGAUCAUACUCUUGGAUGUAACUCAAUGCCAGUGAGAUAUCUGGAGCUAUCAGAUUUCCAUGAAGUCCAAUAGUUACAGAAUGUGAUAAACCUGGUCCUCAUUGACAGACCUGUAGAGUUAAUAUAUCACAAUGGAAAACAAUGACUUCUGUCAUGGAGCUAAAAGAAAACUGAGCAAUUACUUGGGUCAAACCCUGGAUUGAAUUAAGCCUCCCAAUAAAAGUAUCAUUUGAAAAGGUUACAUUAAAUAAUACUGUAUUAAAAUGUUUACAUCCCUAAAAUGCCAGACUGCAUGAUAUUGUGCAAAAACAAAGACAAGCUUUUAAAUUAAUAUAUUUCACCAGUGUGUCACGCCUAUGAUUGCGAUUGGAUGAGAGGUCUUAAUUUAUGCAAGAUGGUCUGAAAUACCUGAUAUAACACAGCAAGGGUUAUACCACUUUCACAACGGAAAUCACCGAAAAAUAUUACUCUGUGCCAAGAACAUUACAACCAUCAAGUAUUUUGGGUUUAAAAGAAAAAGGACAAGAAAAAUAAUUUUACAGAAUUGAGCAAACCAUGCCAAAAAAUUAAUUUCCAUCUGCAGUUACUCACUUGAUUUUGACCAGUUCAUUCCAUAUACUGUAAAGAGGUUAAUUAUUCACUGGGUUUUAAUUUUGCUAAUUUAGCUGACUGGAAAAUGUGCUAAAUUAAAACCCAAUGAAUAUGUAAAAUUUAGCAUAGAAGAUAUUAUCUAAAUGAUAAAACCGUGAAUUUAAAACCCACUGAAUAUGCUUGAAAUGAUAAAUCAGCGAAAUUUAAACCCAGUGAAAAUUAGUCAUUUUACAGUACACACUUGUGUUUUAUAUGUCACGGAACUGGUCAAAAUCUUGUUGUAUAUUCACUCCUGAGGGUGGUUAUUCCUUAAACAAUAAUAAACCUGCUAAUUCAAAAUAAACAACUGAAAUUGUUACCUUAAAUUUUGGCCAAGAUGAACAAAAAUGCUGCCCAACAAAUUAGGGCAAUGAUAGGAAGAGGGAGAUUGUCAUAAAUUGUCGUUGCAGUGCAAAUUGAAUUGAUCUUUAGUGCAAACAAUAAUUUAUUGGCUAUCCCUUCCUGACUGGAUCAGACCAAUAUUUACCAGAUACUGUAUCAAAACAGAGCAAGACCAACUAAAAAAUCUUCCAAACAUGCACGCUUCAUUUGACAUAUCAUCACUGUGUAAUGUAAAAUUUCAAUAAAAGAAGUGCUAUUUUU